AUUUAGAAAUUGAAAAUACAAACUCAACCAAUGUCACAAAAAUUGACUGUUACACAACGGGCCUCGGGCGGCAAAAAAUAAAAAAAUUUUAAAAAUGAAAAAAAAGGAAAGUAAAGUAACCGUGGUUUCUAAGUUUGGUUACAUUGAACAGAGUACAACUCAACCCAUUCCACACCCACCGUUGGCCCCACUCCCUAAACCAAUCAAAACGACAUCGUAACAAUCCCAUACAUUUCUCACUAUAAAUAAACCCCAAAUAUUUCAAACACCCUCAUAAUCAGAUCUAGAUCUAGAAGAAGGCGUCUUCAUAAACGUCUUCGUUCUUUCUCUCCUUCAUCUUCCUUAUCUCUUCCAAUUUCCAUUGUUUCGUUUCAUUUCCUUUUUUACAUAACCGAAAAUGAGAGAGUGCAUUUCAAUCCACAUCGGUCAGGCUGGUAUUCAGGUCGGAAAUGCUUGCUGGGAGCUUUACUGUCUCGAACACGGCAUUGGUCCUGAUGGACAAAUGCCAAGUGACAAGACCAUUGGUGGCGGUGAUGAUGCUUUCAACACCUUCUUCAGUGAGACAGGUGCUGGAAAGCAUGUCCCCCGUGCUGUUUUUGUUGAUCUUGAGCCCACUGUUAUUGAUGAGGUGAGGACCGGAACAUAUCGCCAGCUUUUCCAUCCAGAGCAGCUCAUCAGCGGCAAAGAAGAUGCUGCCAACAACUUUGCCCGUGGUCAUUAUACCAUUGGGAAAGAGAUUGUUGAUCUGUGCUUGGACCGCAUCAGAAAGCUUGCUGAUAACUGCACUGGUCUCCAAGGAUUCUUGGUUUUCAAUGCCGUUGGUGGAGGAACCGGUUCUGGACUUGGUUCUCUUCUUUUGGAGCGUCUGUCUGUUGAUUAUGGCAAGAAAUCAAAGCUUGGUUUCACUGUCUAUCCCUCUCCUCAGGUUUCCACCUCUGUUGUUGAGCCAUACAACAGUGUCCUCUCCACCCACUCCCUCUUGGAGCACACUGAUGUUGCUGUCCUGUUAGACAAUGAAGCUAUCUAUGACAUUUGUAGGCGCUCCCUUGACAUUGAGCGUCCCACCUACACCAACCUCAACCGUCUGGUUUCUCAGGUGAUUUCAUCCUUGACUGCUUCUCUGAGGUUUGAUGGUGCCCUCAAUGUUGAUGUGACUGAAUUCCAGACCAACUUGGUUCCUUAUCCCAGAAUCCAUUUCAUGCUUUCUUCAUAUGCUCCAGUUAUCUCUGCUGAGAAGGCUUAUCAUGAGCAGCUUUCAGUUGCUGAAAUUACCAACAGUGCCUUUGAGCCAUCAUCUAUGAUGGCCAAGUGUGAUCCUCGCCAUGGAAAGUACAUGGCUUGCUGUCUGAUGUACCGUGGUGAUGUUGUUCCCAAAGACGUGAAUGCUGCUGUUGCCACCAUCAAAACCAAGAGGACCAUUCAGUUUGUUGAUUGGUGCCCUACUGGUUUCAAGUGUGGUAUUAACUAUCAGCCACCAACUGUUGUUCCGGGAGGUGACCUUGCUAAGGUACAGAGGGCAGUUUGUAUGAUUUCAAACUCCACCAGUGUAGCUGAGGUGUUCGGUCGCAUUGACCACAAGUUUGAUCUCAUGUAUGCUAAGCGUGCUUUUGUUCACUGGUAUGUCGGUGAGGGUAUGGAAGAAGGAGAAUUUUCUGAAGCUCGUGAGGAUCUUGCUGCUCUGGAAAAGGAUUAUGAAGAAGUUGGUGCCGAGUCUGGUGAGGGCGGUGAUGAGGAUUUGGACGACUACUAGAAUCUAUAUCAGAUUCUGUUUACAUGGGCCUCUUAUGUGUUCUUUGUGGGUUGUUUACUUUGCAUACAUUGUUUCUAUGCUCCGUUGUUUCUUAAACAUAUUGUUCUAGACCUGAACGUGUUAUCUACAUUUCAAUGAUAUGCUAUCUUCUCUAAA